AUGAAUCAUAUAGAAGAAAAGCCUAUUUUGGGAGAGUCAUUAUACACUGGUGCUGGGAAUGCCUAUGGAGAGAGAAUGAGAUAUUCUAACGAGAGAAGCCCUGCUCAACAAUUCAAUUUUGAAGGCGGAAGCCAACAGUCUGACACGAUAAAUGGAGCUACCCUCUCAAGAAGCCAUACCAUCGGGGAGUUACCUGGGAACACUCCGCAGGAAUCCAUAACAGGACAUGAAGAUGGAGCGUUUGCGCCUGAAACAACAGGUUUAGCGCCUCCUCCUUAUUCGAAUGCUCCCAUCUCUGAAUCAGACUCCAAGAAAGCAUCCAUUGAAGAAGAAGCCGCUGGCUUUUCUGUGAACCCGAAAAAAAAGAACACUCCAAAGAAGACAGAAAAUAUCAAACACAUGAAUGCCGUAAAGUUAUACAUUGACGAAUCUGAAGACAUUCCUAAUUCUAGGAAGAAUCAGCCGGUUGAGAAUAUUUCUUCCAUUUUUAUGUGGAUUAUCAUGAUUCUUGCGAUUAUAUUCAUUCUGGGAACAUUGGGGCUAGAACUUUUUGCCUAUUACGCAAGCCAGUACCCAACUAUAUUCAUCUACGUAUUUGCAGGCAUUGCCUUGAUAAGGUCUGCCUUCUUGCAAACAUUCCUAAACUUCACGGUGUUAUUCUGCCUCCUUUCCAGCAUUACUGUAUUCUUGCUCUGGAUGUUGGCUCCUGUCGCCUGGUAUGCCUGGAGUUUCCUGUACAUUAUAAUGGGAAUCCUCUGGCUAAGAGACGCAAGGCUGAAAAUUGGCUUCAUUGACACGGCACUUCUCUUCCUGAUGACAGGAGCUGCCUUUGGACUUGCCUCAUUUGAGGAUAUUUGCCCGUACUUCGGAAACAAUCUUGGGUUAUUCUGCGGCUUACAGGGGAUGAUUAUCCUAUUUGUUACGCUGAAUUUUGGACUUGUCUCAUACAUAACUAAUGUUUUCAUCCUAAUUAUAACCUCAAACGUCCUGAAAAAGACAGAGGGGACAAUUCCCAUGAAUGCUAGCCAAGCCAGAAAGGUGAGAGACUUAAAUAAUUCAUUAAAAAACCUGAAAAGGCCAAGGAGACUCAGGAGUUACUUCAUCCAGGGCGGAAUUUACACAGUAGUUAUUCUUGGAAUCUCCAUCCCUACAGGAUUAUGGGUCUUUGGAAUGUUUAUGAGCACACAUAAGGACAUACAAUUUGCUACACUUGAGCAGAUUAGGCAACUAGCGUCCUAUACAAUCCAAUAA